AUGGAGCUGACUUUUGGCCAGGAGCCAUCAUACUGGUCUGGACUGUAUCGAGCCAUUGCCGUGAUCUACUGCCUCUAUGUGGUAUUGGCCCUUAUCGACCUUAGAAGGGUCUUUGCCGUUCUGCAAAGCUCAUUGGUCGAAGAUGAUGAGGGAGAAGCGCAAAAGAUGCCCAUGGAAGUGGGCCUGAGCAGUCCUUCUCCAGGGUCGCAAUCGCCCACGAAUACACCUGCCUUGGGUGCUGGAGGCAGUUGGUCGGUCUUUAGCGUAAUGUGCCUCCUGGCGUAUCGGCUCUACACUGGCUUCAAUACAGCCACGUGGCUGCCAUAUCUCCUUGCGAGGGAGGGUGAGAGUCUUUGGUUCGAUGAUCAGGCCGCCUUUAUGGGCGUAGCAAAAUUGAUAUAUGGGGGGACGAUGCUCUUGAAUCCAGUCCUGGGCCUCUUUGGCGACUUCCUGGUCCUCCAUAGUCACGGCUUGGGUCGGCGCAUGUUCCUGCGGAUCGGCGUCAUCAUGGCGGCCAUCGGCAUCCUGAUUUGCAUGCUGUCAGAUGCCCAACACAACUUUUACUGGUUCAUGGUUGGCAUUCUCACCUGGCGAAUGGGUGAGUGCAUGAACGAUGUGACCAUGGAGGCCCUGGCACCUGAGAUGGUCCCGUCCACGCAAUAUGCCAUGGCUAGUUCGGUCAAGGGUGCCCUAUUCUUGCUUGGAGGAGUUCUAGGUUACGUCAUGCUGAUGUUCACAGUUGAAUUGCACUUCUCGUGGUUGUAUGGGGCAUACCUGGUGAUGAUGCUGGUUUGCUCCAUGCCGGCGCUCUUUCUAUUGAGGGAAAGCACCCAAGUGCGGCGAAGCAGUCAGACCAGGCUCCACUUCAAACCCGGCUUCGACUACUUGUCAUAUGCGUAUUUAGCCCCUGCUCGACUACCUGGCGGGUUCUCAUUGGCUUGCCUUAGUGUCUUUGUCUUUGCUUUGGGUACUGCGCCAAUGUUCUUCUUGCUGCUCAUGGUGCGAGAUUUGGUGGGCAUUCAAAGCCAGGGGCUCCAGCAGCGAGAGUUUAGCUACCUCUCCGUGACCUUCUUCAUGUUUGCAGUGGUGGCAGCUGUUUUCUCUGGAGAUGGUGGCCACCAGCCAGGGCGGGAUGGCCGGAUCCAUCACAGCAUGGAGGACGAGUCACAACUGCACGCUCGGGCCAAGAAGCUGAUCUUGGCAGUGGUGGGCUUUGGAAUCGUGGCCAUUGCCAUGCCCUUCAUGACGCUCCUGCCUAGUCCUGAGACCAGGAUGGUCUACUUCUAUGGCAUCGCUAUUUCACUGGGCUUCUGCUUCGGCGCAGCAUACACUCGCUUCCAAGACAUUACCUGGUCACUGAUUCCAGAGGAUGCAGAGUGGGCGAAUGUCAUGGGAUUCAACGUGAUGUGCAGGAAUGCAGGUGUUGGCCUUGGCAACUUCCUUGCGGGAAUCAUUUUGAAUAUGUUCGCCAUGCAAGGAUACACAGAAGUGGUCUCGGUGAGCUCCGAACGAAUGAAUUUAGAACAUCAAGCCGCCUAUGAAUCGACCGGCUACUAUGUGAUGUGUGGCGCCUCCGGGGUGGCUGUGCUGAUCGCAGCGUUGUUGGCGACGCACAGUGUAGAUCAGCAACCAGGUGAAGCGACAGUUCUGAGAGCCUUGAGCCCAGGAUACAAAGCCGUGGGACAUCCUUAG